UUUGCCGAACUCGCCAUGUCCUUGUCUUCUGUGUGCAUUAAAGUCAUUUUCAUGUUCUUGAUGAUUAACCAUUCGGCCAUUUUACUAAGCGAAGCCAAUAGCAUCGCACCGGUAACGAAGCAACCGUUUAACGAACGAAGUUGCAGGAAACCGCAAUCACGAAUCGCUUACCUGGAAGAUGAAUAUGCUGAUUACAAUUCAGCGGCUAUUUACCUGCCUCACGCAGCCAUCGUGCAGCGGUGCGAUAAUUCCAUCGGAUGUUGCAAAAAGGGCCUUCGUUACGUGUCCACCAAGGAAGAGAAAGUCGCCUUCGACUUCCAGGAAUUCCUGCAUGGCAACAAGACAAAGAAAAGAAUUUUAUUGACUCAUGAUUUGCAUUGCGAGUGUCACAAUUUGUCGCACCAAUAGUUUUAUUUUUAAUCGAAU